AAAAAAAAACGACAGGGAGUUACCUCAGCGCUUUCCGAGGUAUGAGAUUGGGUCAUUUACCACCCUGCUCCCUUAUCUAUUAAAGGAGGAAAUCACGAAUUUUACGAAAGCGGUGGGAAACGGACAGAAACACGGGCAAACCUGGAGAACUGGCCCAGUUCUCGGAUAGCUCCUUUUUCUCCUUCUCCCGGCGGAUCAGUCGGAAUCUGAGGGGCGUGCACGCGCGCAUGCGUGUGUGUUUACAAGUGUUUGAACGAGAGCCAGAAACGAGGGAAGGAGGAUAAAACCCCAAGGAAAGAGGGAUGGUGGACAACUCCAGCAGCAGCAAGGCGCAAAUGCCAAGCAUGUCUCAGGAGCCCAGUGUGGCUUUUCCACAGAGCACCUCUACAGGGGGAAUGAAGCUGGAGGCAGUGAUGGAGCAGCUCCAGCGCCAGCAGCAGGCCCGUCUGGAAAUGGAGAGGAAGGAACGGAAGCUGCGAGAGGCCCACAUCAUGUACGCUCAGCAGGUUGCAGCCCAGCAGGCUAUACUGGCUGCAGCCCGGGCUUCCGGGGCAAGCUUCAUGGGCAAAGGCAUGGCCGGAGGCGUUCCUGCAGCCGGCUUGCCUCCUCGGGUGUCCAAUCAGAGCAGCGUGGACUCGGAAAGAGAGGAGGAUGAGGACAGAGGCCGGGAUUCGGGGGAUGAGGAUGAUGACAACGAGAUGAUGGAGGGGGACGAGGGCAGCGACGAGGAUGAGGGAAACGCCAGCGGCCUGGAGUUUCUCCGCAAGCAGACCCUGGCUCUGCAACAGAACGCCUCCCGCAUCCCAGCCCGUCCGUUCGCAGGCUACUCCAUGUCGGCCCCCCAGAGAGCUGCCUCCCCACCUGUUAGAGUGAAGCAGGAACCUGAUGAGGGCAUGUCCCCUGCAGGGCCAAACUCAUCUGCCUCUCCUAAUGGACAGGCCGACUGGGGAUUUGAUGACCACUUCAGACAGAAUGGCAGUGCUGGAUGGACAGAUGAGGCUGACAGUAACAGAGGACGAGGAGAAGCCUCCAGAGACUUUGCUAAGCUGUAUGAGCUGGACAAUGAUCCGAAAAGGAAGGAAUUUUUGGAUGAUCUCUUUACCUUCAUGCAGAAACGAGGAACCCCGGUCAAUCGUAUUCCCAUCAUGGCCAAGCAGGUCCUGGAUCUGUACAUGCUCUACAAGCUGGUAACGGAGAAAGGCGGCCUUGUGGAGGUUAUCAACAAGAAGAUCUGGAGAGAAAUCACCAAGGGACUCAACCUGCCUACAUCCAUCACCAGCGCUGCUUUCACUCUGCGCACACAGUACAUGAAAUACUUGUACCCGUACGAGUGCGAGAGGAAAGGUCUCAGCUCCCCGGGUGAGCUGCAAGCCGCCAUCGACAGUAACCGACGCGAGGGCCGUCGUCCUAGCUACAGCAGCAGCCUCUUCCGCUUCUCUCCUUCUCCAGGAACGGCUCCCCACAUCCUCUCUCCUCCCAAGAUGCAUCUGACAGGCCUUGGCGCCGGGACCUCAGUCACCCUCAAUGGCCUGCAGGCUUCUCCAGGACCCUCUCUGAAGAAAGAAGACCUGACCCCUGCGAUCAUGGCCGCAAGACCUCCUCUUGCGCUGUCUCUGGGUCAGCAGCAGGUGGCUGGUUUGGCGAGAGCCGCCACCCUGGAGCAGCUCAGAGAAAAACUGGAGACCAGUGGGGGAGGAGAGGGGCCAGAGAGAAAGAUGGCCCGCCUGGCAGAGGAGCAGCAGCGCCUCAUGCAGCAGGCUUUCCAACAUAACCUGUUGGCCAUGGCAUCCCAGAUGCCCAUGAAUCUGCGCUUGGGAGCCCCCACCAUCGCCACCAGAGGUCAGCGCUGCCAAGAUGAGAAGCAGCAGGAUAUGUCUCUUAGCAUCUCCACCAAUGGGAAUGCCAGCAUCACUGUAUCUGUGGAGGUUAAUGGCACAAUCUACUCAGGAACCCUGUUUGCCCAGAAGUCCGGCGGGGCACCAGGGCCUGUUGUUGCUGCUAGUGCCGCCUCAUCAUCCCCUGCUGGACCCAGCUCAAGCUAUGGCUUCUCUGCUCCCCAGGCCCAGACCCUCAGCCCCACACCCUCCUCCACCUCCUCCUCCAAGGGCUCCGGCUCCGCUGAGCUGGCGCCCAGCGGUUCCCCCUAACUCGAGCUUUCCUUUGUACCCGCUCCCUAGGCCGCUGCUCCACAGCAAGGCCCCAGCAUGAAUAUACA